AUGAGUCAAGAGGAUGAAAUCAAAAUCAACAAUGCCGAUGGCAUUUACGGGCUUUCGGCAUUUUCCUUGCUUAUUUCAGGGACUUCGGUGACGAAUUUCCAAGGGAUGGGACUUUUAUCAACACGAACCCAUUUCUGGUUGAAAAUGAGUAGUGUGGCCCGCUUGGGAGACCUCGUUUUCCCGGCCAUUGUCUUUUUCAAAAGAGAUCAGGCGCGCCGACAAGACGUUGGCCGCGUGUCGAUGCCUCUCGUGGACGCGCAUCACACACUCAUCAAUGCCGAAAUUCUGGCACUCUUGACCAUUCCUCUCUUUGCCAGUCUCAUGGCGCGAGGGGUCUUGUACAUGGACAACUUUCCAUGGCCUUUGGGUGUGGCCCUCUACGUUGUUUCGUUGGGUGGGGCUGGCUACAAGUAUGGAAAGGAAGCUUUUGAGAUGAUAGAAUCAGAACAAGCUUGGUUCCAAUUGGGAAAGAGGAAGAGGCUAGUAGCUAGCUAA